GGUAUUAAGCGACCCUCGUAGAAGAGCUACACACCGAUCCUUGGAAUCGCAGGCAAAGGGGGCAGGCACCUCCUGGCCACUCAACGGCCCCCGAAGCCCGACUCCGCCUGUCAUAACGGUCCCCAUCGGCACUUGCUCGACUGGGCAAGCUGCUUCUGGCCAACCUCGUGCCCCAUCAUCACAAGAAUCCAUUCAAUAUUAUCCUGGGGACCCUUUGUCUCGUUGUCGUGGGCUGGCCGGGCCAGGGCUAGGGCCAUCCCAAGUUGUGCAAGCAUCCAGUGUCUUCAUCCAAAACAAUUGAGAUCAUGCUAGUAUAGCAUAUAGGCGACAUUGAUGAAAGUAAUAACUUGGUUGGGGGGUCUGUCGAUCAUCGCGCACUUCGGCCAUGGCCAUUUGUGCCCCGUCUGCAGAGGCGCGUCCUGUAUGAUAUAGGGUUGCGCAUAGAAAUAAUUAACAUUUAUUGCUAGCCAACAAAGAAGCUGACAAAACCAGUGUUGCAGCAACUUUCAAUCGCGCCUCGUCGUUUCUAGGCCCUAGCCGAAGAUACAUAUCCUACGAAAGCAUAGAGUGUUAUUCUUAUGGCAGAUGGCGCAUGUCGACGGUGCCGCGCAGAGAGGGGCUGUUCCAGCUGGAAGCAGACCCGGCGGGCGAGCUACUAAAUAAAUGCUUGCCUGGGGCACGAAUGAUGCUGUGCCGCUCGUUGUGGCACCGUCGCAACUCAGCGCGCUGUCUGCGAAUGCCGGAGCAGGCCAGCAGCAGGGCCGGUUCCCGAGCCUCACCAGCCCUGAUGUAUCGGGUAUGCUUGUGACGGGCGAAUCGAGGGCGCGGAUGGACGGCCAGCGGGUCCGCGGGCUGUCGGCCACACCCAACCGCGGCACCGCCCGGCUGUCGGCGCGCGGGGUUCAGCACUACCGAAACCAAGGCCAGCCGGUCUCCAGGUCAGGCGGAGGCAACAACAUGCCCACUGCUGCACCCCACGCCGCCUCUGCCUCAGGCGCCGGCUCCACGCCGCACAGCGCGCCAGGCUCGCCGCGCCGCAGCGGCAGCACCCCCGCAGCUGCUGGCGGCGGCGGCGGCGGCGGCGGGGGCGGCGGCGGCGGGGGCGGGCCUUCUGACGGGGCCAGCGCAGCUGACGCAGGCGCGGAGGCGGGAAGCGGCAGUGAUGUUGAGGGCUUGGCACAUCAACAGCUGCCGCCGCCGCCGCCGUCACAGCUGGCCUCAGGGGCCCACCGCAAGUUGGUCCCCACACUCAGCAUGCCCAGCCGCAAUGGCACCACAGCCGCAGCCACCACCGUAGCCACCGCCGCAGCCACCGCCGCAGCCACCGCCGCAGCCGCAGCCGCCUCCUACGGCAUGGGCCGGAGCAGCAGCAUGACCCGGGCCCCGUUUCAGCAGCAGCAGUCGCAGCAGGCACGGACCGGGCAGGGGCUGACUCUGGGGCUGGCGGGGGUGGGCAUCGGCGCGCAGGGCGGACCUGGAGGGCCGCAGGGGUGGUCGGCCAGCCCGCAGCACCCCUCGCACCUCUAUCCAGCUGCGAGCCACCUGCCGACGGCUGCAGCGGCGGUGCUGGCGGCGAGUGCGAUGCUGCUCAGCUCGCCACGUGGCGGCGGCGGCGGCGGUGGUGGUGGUGCCCUGGCCAACAGCGCGCCAGGGUCUCCGGGCGGCGCCGUCACAGGCUUUGCAGCUGGUGGCGGUGUCGGCGGUGGUGCGGCGCGCGCCUCGUCAGCGCUGCGGCCGAGCAGCGCUGCCCGGCGUGCCACCGGCAGCGCCCUGGGGUACAUGCAGUGUGGAGUGGGAGGCGGGGGCGGAGGAGGCGGAGCCAUGACUGCCAUGGCGGCAGCGAUGCUUGGCAUGGGGUCGGCGGCGGACCUGUUGCGGAGGCCUCACGGCGCGCCGGCGUCGCCGCCGCGGGGAGGACCCCUGCCCGGCGCUGCUGGCGGCGGCACGGAGGCGCAGCCGCGGCCGCGCAGCUCCCCCGACACAGGCGCAUACCCGCCAGCGGAGGCCGCGGCGGUGGCGGCGGCGGCGGCCAGCAAUGCAUAUGCGUUGAGUCAGUCGCUGCAGGACAAUUGGGCGCCGGCGGCUUCGGGCGUGGCAGCGGCGUUGGGCGUGGAGGCGUCAGGGCUGGCGGCAGGCUCGUUCCGGCGGCCUGUCUCGGCGGCGCCGUAUCCACAUACGCACGCGGCAAGCGCGCCCUGCACCGCUGACGGCAGCGGCGCCGACGCGGGUGCAGCCGCUGCUGCCGCCGGCAGAGCUGGGCUAGACGCUGGUGCGCCGCGGCCGCCGUCAGCGCACGGCGCCUCCAUGGAUCCCAGCCGCCGCGGCAGUGGCGGCGCGGCGCUUGCGCCAGAAGGCUCCGACGGCGCCGGCGCCAGUGACCCUGGCGGAGCCGGAGGCGGUGCAUUGCCGUCGCCCUCUCGGGUCGCCAGCGCCCGGCUUAGCUUUGGCGCUGGGGUUGGCGCUGGGGCUGGCGGCGGCGGCGGCGGCGGCGGUGGCGGUGGCGGUGGCGGUGGCGGCGGUCUGGCCAGCGCCAGCAGCAGCCAGCGCAGCAUGUUGCUGGUGUCGUGUGAGGGGCUGCCGGCGGGCCCCAGCCGCCUGUACGAGGCCAUCACCAAGCAGAUGGAGGCGUUGGAGGAGGAGGAGGAGGAGAAGGAGGAGGCGAAGGCAGAGGCGGGAAGGGGUGGCAGCGGAGGAGGCGGCGGCGGCGGAGGAGGAGGAGGCAUUGCUAGCGGCCUGCUGCGCGCCCCUGCGCCUAUGCGAGCUGGUGGUGGUGGUGGUGUGGAGGAGGCGCCGCAUGGAGCCGCGCCAGCCGGGGGUGUGUGGGGCGGCGCGGCGGGCGGGCCAGGCGGUGACGGCGGCCCUAGGGGCUUUGCGGACUCGGCACUAACGCCUGCGCCGCUGCCGGGCGCCAUGGGCCCCGGCGGCCUGGGCUUUGGGUUGAUGCGCUCGCGCACAGCCACCGGCAGUGGCGUUGGCGGCAGCAGCAGUGGCGAUACCGCAGGCGCCCGGCUGCUUCUGCCCAACAUCAACGCAGGCAGCAGCACCGCCCCGGCUGCGUCGCAUCUGGACCACCUGCCCUCGCCCACGUUCGUACACAGCCCGGCCGGCGCGGCGGCAGCAGGCGCGCCGCCCCGGCCGCCGCCGCCAUCAUCGCCCACGCCCUACGGCUACAGCCCCCUGCAGCCGCAGCUGCGCCCGCGCAUGUCUUGGAACGGCAUGGGCAGUAGCAGCAGCGCAACAGCUGCAGCAGCAGCCGGUGGCGGUGGUGGCGGCGGCGGCGCCGCGACUUCGUUUCGGGCGCCGUCUCCUGUUGCCGGCGCGCCUGGCUGCACAGUGCCCGCACCGGCUGUGCACGCGCUGGCUGCUUCCACCGCAGGAGUUAGUGUUGGUGGUGGAAACAUAUAUGCUGCUGGGGCUUCAACGAUGGCGCCUGCCAUCUGGUCUCCAUCGACCGCCGCAGCGGCACUAGCAGCACUGGCCAGCACCGAUGCCACCACGCCGCCAACGCCACACACAGCCGCAGCCGCCGCUGCCGCCGCUGCCGCCGCAGCAGGGACAGCAGCUGGCGCCACGGCGCCCUACCACUUCCCCUCGUCCGUCGCCUUCCUCCCGCACCACCCCGCCGCGCCGCACCACCACGUGCACCCGCACCAGCCCCACCACCUGCACUCCCACCCGCACCCGCACCCGCAUGCCUCCGCGCAUACGGGUCAGCCGCUGUGCGUCGUGGGCGAUGCCGCCACCGCACCGCAGUCGCCCGCCGGCGCCACCGCGGCCUCAGCCGCCGCCGCCGCCACCGCCGCCACCUUCACAGACAUACGGAACGUGUGGGGCGCGUCGGCAGCCGCGGCAGCGGCGGCGGGGGCGCCACGAUCCGCGAGUGGGACGGAGGGCACGGCCGUUGGUGGCGUUGGGGGCGGCGGCACGGGAGGAAUGGCAGAACAACAGACAUCACAAGCAGGAUGGAGCCCCACGGGUGCGGCAGCGGUUGGGGCGGCGGCGGCGGCUGCCGAGGGCCGCGCCUAUGUGACGAGCAAGCUCGGGCAGGGCGGGGCAACUCCUGGCAGCGGCGGUGGCGGCGUUGGGGCAGCAGCAACAGCAGCAUCAGCGGUUGGCGGAGGCGGAGGUCCAGUGGGUGCUGGUGGACUCACACCCAUGCCUACGCUGACGUCAGCUGUGACCGCCUUAGGUCCCGCGGCGGCGGCCAUGGCGGCGGUGGCAGCGGCGGCUGGCCUGCCCUUCCGUCCAUCGCCCUCGCCGACGGCGGGCUACCCGGUGGCGCCGCCGCCGCUUCAACAGCCGCAGACGUCAUUGCAGGUGCCGCCGCCGCCACCGUCGUCGCCCACGCCGGCGGCUGUGGCUGUAGCGGCGGCACAGGUGUUUGGGCCUCGUGCCGGCUCAACCGCCGCACCGCCGCCACCGCCGCAGCCCUCGCAGCAGUACCCGCCGUCGCCGCCGCCUGUGCCGCCGCUCCACCUCAGCCUCAGCCUCAACCGCCCGCCGCUCGCCACACCACCACCACCACCACCGCAGCAGCACUACUACCAGCCGCAGGCGCACGGGCAGCACUAUCUGCCGCCGCAUUCCCAACUGCCGAUGCCGUACCCAACCGCUGCGACCAACCGCUCUCCUUACGCCGCCGUACAACGCAAAGCCUUCAACUAUUACAUCUCCGCCUCGGCAGUUGGCGCGCCAUUGGACUGGGACGUGGGUCCGGACCCGGCGCCGGGGCCCGGGCAGGGGGCGGCGGGGACUGUGCCCAUGUCACCUCGGCGCCCCACCACCGGCGCCGGCCAACAGGGCGGCGGUGGCGGAGGCGGCAGCGACUGGGGCAGCAGCCGCCCCGCGACCGCCGGCGGCGGCCCGCCUGGGCGCCUGGGGCUGGGCGACCGCAUCUUCGCCUCCCCCGCGCCAGGCGGCCGUGUGCUCAAGGGCCUGGGCGGCGGCGCGCUGCGGCACCAGCUGUGGAUGGAGGGCAGCGCGGCGCUGACGGCGGCGGCGGCGCAGGCGGGCCGCGCGCAGCUGUGGGUGCACAGCGUCGGCAGGCCGCUGGCGGAGGCGGGCGUUUGGCUGAGCCGAAUCGCGGACGCGGCGCCGUCGGCCUGGCCAGACGGCGACGGCGGCGGCGGCGCAGGCGGCGGCUGGGGCCGGCCGGCGGCGGCAGCGGCGCAGCUGAGUCGCGGCUACUUGGAGGGCCUGCGGGCGGGCACAGGGGCCGUGGAGGCUGACAUAGAGCUGAAGGAGCGGGCCUUGCAGGCGGAGGCGCGCGCCGCGGAGGCAGCGGCGCGGGCGGUGGCGGCCGCCGCUGCCGCGGCGGCGCCGACUGGCGUGGCCGCACGCGUGCAGACGUGGCGGCCGCGCGAGUCAGGCAAUGCCACGGGCGCCACGCGGCGCGCGGGUGUACGGCGCGGAGGCGGAGGCGGCGCCCGCCGCGCCAGCACCAGCAGCAGCGAGAGCGAGGCGGAGGAGGGCGUGAGCGAUGAACCGGAGGAGGACCCAGAAGAGGAGGCAGCGGAGGAGGAGGAGGUCAUACCCGCAAGGCGCGGCGUGGCGGGUGCGCGGCUUGGGCUGGGUUCGGGGCCGGGGCCGGGACUGGGGCCGCGGCCGCCUGCUGUGCCGGCGCCCGCACAGCGCCCCGGCGCGCCGGUGCGCAAGGCGGCGCCGGCGCCGGCAGCGGCGGGUCGGUCGGGCGCGGCGCAGUCACCCUCACGUGCUCGCGGCGGCGCUACUGUGGCUGCUGCCGGCAGCGCUCGGGCGGCGCCGAGAGGGGGCCGCAGGGCCAGCUCCGCGACUGGCGGCGGGGCGUCUCGGGGCGUGAGUGGGGCUGAGGACAACUGCGAGGAGGACGAGUGAGGCGCCGGGGCGGGCAGGAGCUGCAGGGCAUGUGUUGUGUCGGCACGGACGCGGUGUGCACGCGAGCAUUAUCGUGUUGUGUGGCGGUGAUUGGCGACUGGCAGGAUGCACGCGUGGGGUGCGCGCAUGCGGAUGCAUGUAUUGUGGUGUAACAUUUGAGAGCAUGGGGAUUGGAGCAUGUUUAAUGUCCUGGCGCCCCAUCGGGGCAGCAGCAUUGCACAGUCUAGCUCGGCUAUGUGCAGGAAGACGUUGCGUAUUCUCUGCCAUGUACUGAAUGAUGAGGCCAGAUGCGGAUGUCGCUGUGACAUGUGUCAGGCAGCUGAGAAGUCGAGCAGGUGUACGGUAUAUGUGCCGCACGUGUGUGUUAGGAACGCAGUAGGGAGCAGAGCCGACAUCAUGCGGUGUAUAUCUGCAGGUGAGCUGCUUCUGCGUAUUGGAAACCUCGUCGCAUUAUGAUCACAUGUGCUUACAAUUCUUGGGUAUUUGCGUUCUUGCACUUCAAUUGUGCCGGCACUGCCCGACCAUACUAGGGUCGUAUUUGGACGCACCUUCCAGCACUGAGCAUUUUGACUGGCCAUUCCAGGCAGGCUGGAAUUAUCAUGUAGACGAGUAUAGUAGGGUAGGGCUCUAGCUCAGGGAAUGGCGGGAGGCACUGCAGCACUGCGGUGACGGCGGUGUAACUCUAGGCCAGGAGCCUGCACGUGCGCUGUGCGGCGGGCCAACCAGCUAGACAGACGGAGGCACCCGCUCAAUGGGUGGCGGGCGCAAUGUGAAUGGGCGCGUAUGUGCGUCAAUGCCCUGAGCCAUGUGGAGUCUGUAGGGACUAGGGAGUACCGGCGGGCACAAGAGUGUUGCGGGCAGGAGGUUUUUGUGUUGCGGGUGUGUGCCACAUCCCUGUUGUGUGACUGUGUGUAACAUGAGCAGCCGUACGCCAGGACUAACAUCCAUCAUGGCGCACAUGUGCUUUUGCAGUGGGCCGUGCAGGCCUGCCCGGUGAAGGCUGAGAGGGCAGGGUGUCGGCGUGUUGGCGGUGCGCCUACGUAUGCGACUGCCAUGAAGUACCCUGCCCUUCAUACGUGGGCACAAUGUCACACGUAGCACAUACGGCGCUUGAGUCUUGCAGCACCGUGCUGAGAGCGAGCUGGAAAGCAGAAGCGUCGGGGUUACAGCACGGCAGAGGAGUCACCCGGGCACAGGGUAGCGGAUCCCAAUGGGCGGAGCUGACUGUGCCUGUCUCGGAACUGUAAUCGCUGCGGCGG